AUGAUAAUUGAUGUUCCUGACAAUAUGAUGGGACCGGAAGUUGACCAGGAGAAAUCCUCAUGCAUGAUGGGAACUGGCAAUAUGAUGCACCACGGACUUCAGCAACAGGAGAUGAAUAUGACGUCACAUGGUAACGCCCCAGACGACACUUACCCAGACGACAGCGAUCCAAAUCACUCCGAUUCUGGAAUUAUCGGCGAUGUUGAGGACUGCGGAGAAGAUGGAGCUUUUUCUGGAACUUCAACGCUUUCACAACAGAAACGCCGUUUCGCAGACGUCAAACCACCAUAUUCCUACAUCGCUUUGAUCACCAUGGCAAUAGAAAGUUCAAAUAACGGAAUGAUGACUUUAAAUGAGAUAUACGCGUUUAUUAUGAACCGAUUCCCAUAUUUUAAGGAAAAUCAACAGAGAUGGCAGAACUCUAUACGUCACAAUCUUUCACUAAAUGACUGUUUUCUCAAGGUCCCAAGGGCGCCAGGUAGGCCCGGAAAGGGAAACUAUUGGGCGCUUCAUCCGGGAUGCGGUGAUAUGUUCGGUAAUGGAAGCUUUUUGAGAAGAGCCAAGAGAUUCAAACUGCAUAAACAAAAAAUGGCCGCCGAAGCACACGUACAACAUGUUAAUUCUUACGGACAUUUUAGUUUGUAUCCUCCCCCGGGAUAUAAACCAUACCCGUCACUCAACCCCCUCGGGUUGCCUUCAUUUUCACAAGGCAUAAGUCAGUCACAGCAAUACGGACUACCAAAGACUGAACCCUGGGGAAGCCAGCCGACAUCAAAUUAUUCUCCGUACUACUCACCGAGUUCAAUGUCAAACGGACUUAGUAACAGUUUGAGUAAUGGACUUGGAAACAGUUUUGGUUCGAGCCUCGGUGGAUCCUUAGGUGGAUCCUAUCUACCAGUGACAAACCCGCCACCCCUGCCACCAACUACGAACUCUUCAUUAAGUUCAUAUUCCUCAUUUCAACAGUCACCUUAUUACGGACCUCAAUAUAGCGGACAGUUGAGAUUACAGCAAUAGAAAUACUCUUGUGAUCAAUUUGUUAGUAUUUAUGUAUAGUUGAUUUUUUUGUUCCGCCAUGCCAAGACUGGAUACUCAUUAGGGCAAAGAGAUUGAUUACAGACAAAUUAUCUUUUUCAAUUUUUUUUAAUAUUAUAAAAUGCAUUCAUUUGAUUUAUCUUCUGCUAUUUUUAUAUCUUUUAUACAGUCGAACAUUGUCAUACAGAAAUGGUAAAAAAUGUCUUUUGAGCAUUUUCAAUAUUUUAAGGAUAGAGGUCGAUCAGAAAAAAAAAGUGUUCAAGGGGCGAUUCAUGAAUAAUGAAAUAAAAGGAGAAAUUUUGAUCUAAUAUUUGUUAAAAGAAGAAGAAAAUUCAGCAUUAAUUUUGAACUAUGUCCAUUAUACAAAAAAAAUAUAUAUAUAUAUUUUUG